CAUUUUAUUUUCUUCCAAGUGACCCUAAUAGCGUUCUCCUUUGUACAAGCUCAAAAAAAUAACAAAAAGAAACCAGGUCGACCUAUUCCAGUCUAGUCUAUUUCUUAAGUAACUCAAAAGACUAUUUCUGAUUGUAUAAAAACCAAACGGCAUCACAGAAAGCCGUCAUAGUCCUCCUGAGCAACAAGGGGCGCUACAGAACUACAUUUUUAAAUAUAUAUAUAUAUAUAUAUAUUUAUUUAUUUUAUAAGCCAGUAUGGAAAGACAAAAGAUUAAUUAAAUUACUUUGAUUCGGUUAGACGGGGAACUCAUUUUCGGUUCAAAGGGACUAGUUUCUUUUUCAUUUCCCCUCCCUGCCGCAUUUUUCUUGUUUGCUGGCUGUGUUUUUCCCCCCCGGGUGGUUCCGUCAUGUCGGGGAUGCAGCAGCUCAGGCUGCUGGUCAGCGAGCGGCUAACGGCGGCUGCAGAGGAAAUCUUCGGGCUCGUUGAGAGGACAAUAACGGAGUACCAGGAGGAGGUGGUCCGCUCCAAGAGAGAAAUCAUCCAGCUGAGGCAGCAGAUCGAGCAGCUGACCGUCUUACAGCCCCGAGUGUCUUUGUUCAAAGGAGAUGUCGAGUCAGUGUCAGAGAACCAAAGCCAGCCCCCAGCAGAGGAACAAAAGGAAGGUGGAGACCAUCAGCAGGUUAAAGAGGAGCAGCUGGACGUCUGCAUCAUCCCAGACGUGGACACCGAUUCUUCUGACGACAUAAAAGCUUCUCCUUUCGAAUCAGAGACGACCCCUCACGUCGACCCCCAGCUGUUACCAAGCGUCAGCUCCAUAACCGUGACUCUGAACAGCGGCGACGAGGGAAAAUGGAUUCGGAAUUUUGGCGGGGGCUCGUCGCAUUGCGGUCCAAGUCGCGGCCUCGUUUCCCUCGUGCGGCCGGAGCACGUCCUGGACAGCAAGUCCUGCCGUCUCUGCGGCGUGUCCUUCAUCAGGGACUGCGACCUGAUCAGGCACGUGGACGAGUCCCACGCGGGGCAGAAGGCCUUCAAGUGCUUCGAGUGUCACAAGGAGUUCGCCCGGAAAGACAGCUUGACUUUGCAUCUGAGGGUCCACACGGGCGAGAAGCCGCACAGGUGUCCCUUCUGCGGGAAGUUCUUCACCCAGACCUCAAACCUCAGGGUUCACAUGAGAAAGCACACGGGCGAGAAGCCGUACUACUGCAGCUCGUGUGGCAAAAUGUUCGCCCGGAGGGACAGCCUGGCUUUGCACAUGAGGGUCCACACGGGCGAGAAGCCGCACAGAUGCCCCUUCUGCGAGAAGACCUUCACCCAGACCUCCAACCUCAGGGUUCACAUGAGGAAGCACACGGGCGAGAAACCGUACUACUGCGACACCUGCGGCAAAAUGGUGGCGCACUCGUAUCACCUGAAGAUAUGCUCCCGACAGACCUCAUACACGGCAGACAUCACCGGGGAGAGGGCGUUUCGCUGCUUCCGGUGUGGCAAAAAGUUCCACACGAUUUCAGACCUGAACGUGCACAUGAAGAUCCACGAGGCGAGAAAGUCGCACGCGCUCGUGCAGGUUUUCUCGUAAUCGGCUGUUUCGCUCUUCAUAAUGUCAAGACGUUGUUUAGAAUUGUGAAUGCAAAUGAUUUUUUUUUUUUUUCACACAUUAAAAAAAUUUAAAUCGGUGUACAGGAUUACAUACAGAAGCUUGGUGUGUUUUAGGUCCUUUUACUUCCUGUUGUUAUAUCUCUGUAAUUAAAUUGAGAAUGAUGAAC